UAAUUAGGCGUACUCAAGCAUUACUUGUGGUUUACCAUGUUUCGUAUCAGAGCGAAGAGCUCAACUUGGGCUGUUGCACUGGCACAGCUCACGAAGAGAGGUUUGCAUUUUCAUUUGAAUAUAAAUGGAUAACCAUAAAUGAUCCUUUCUACCUAUCACAGCAUCCAGCCUGUUUUCUGCUGCUGCUGCACAGUGCAAGAAAGAGCAAUGAGAACAAAAGUGAACCUGGAUCCUGACACUGGCCUGGUGACCCACUACUCAGCCUCACAGCCAGAUGUUUCCUACACAUCUAUUUGGAAAUGCAGGCUCAAGAGGCAAUUGCAGUUUAAGAACAAGCCAUUACCUCCUCUACCUGCCGAGGCAUUGGAAGACUACACCAAGAAACCCAGAGUUAUUGCACUCUAUGAUUUUUUUGCUAGAGGGCCUUCAGAUUGACCUCUAAAGAAGUCAGAAGAACACAUUAUCCUUGAACAGUAUGAUCCCCACUGGUGGAAGGCAAGAGACCAACACGGGAGUGAAGGUCUAAUUCCCAGCAACUAUGUUACUGAGAACAAGAAAAGUAAUUUAGAAAUGUACAAGUGGUACUGCAAAAACAUAAACAGAAGACAGGCAGAACUCCUCUUGUGCCAGAAGGUUACUCAAAGUGCAUUUGUUGUAAGAGAUUCAAGUCGACAGAGUUGUCUUACGCUGUCCAUGUAUUCAUGGGCUAAAGGCCUGAAAAGCAAAUUUAACUUCUUAGUUUCUUCACAGGAAGAAGGGAUAGAUGGACAGCAAAAUAUACAGAAAGCAAACAAGAUGGAUAAUGUGAAGAAAUACAGAAAAGCAAAUGUACCCAAUAAAACCUCCAGUAAAGAAUCUUUGGAGAAGCAGAACACAAAAUUUAAUCUCAAGCUACACUUUAAAUAUGUUUUUAAGUUUUGGGAGAAAACAGGUCAAAUCAAAUGCCUGCGAUAUCCAGUUGGAUCAGAUGGAUGUUCUUCACCAGCAACGGCAGGACUGAAUUAUGAGGAGUUGGGAUUAAACCCAUCUGAACUGAUAUUCAUUGAAGAACUCGGGCAUGGCCAGUUUGGAGUUGUUUAUCUCAGUAAAUGGAGAGCAACAAUCAAGGUUGCCAUCAAAACUAUCAUUGAAGGUGCAAUGUCUGAAGAUGAUUUUGUGGAGGAGACCAAACUGAUGAUCAGUUUGACACACCCAAAGCUGGUCCAGCUUUAUGGAGUGUGCACAUAUCAGAAGCCUCUCUACAUUGUGACUGAAUUAAUGGAAAAUGGCUGCCUGCUCCAUUACCUUCAGCAAAGGCAGGGGAAACUCGGCAGAGAUGUGCUGCUGAGCAUGUGCAGGGAUGUGUGCAAAGGGAUGGAAUAUCUGGAAAUAAAUAACUUUAUUCACCAUGAUUUAGCUGCAAGAAACUGUUUAGUAUUCGAUUUUGGCAUGGCAAGGUACGUCAUUGAUGACGAUUAUAUUAGCUCUUUAGGUGCCAAAUUUCCAAUCAAAUGGUCAUCUCCUGAAGUCUUUCAUUUCAAAAAAUACAGCAGCAAAUCAGAUGUGUGUUCAUUUGGUGUAUUGAUGUGGGAAGUUUUCACAGAAGGCAAAAUGCCUUUUGAAAAGAAGUCAAAUUCUGAAGUUAUCUAUGAAAUUUCUCAUGGUAACUGACUUUAUCAAUCACAUUUGGCAUCACAUACUGUAUACAGAGUCAUGUACAGCUGCUGGUAUGAGAAACCUGAAGGAUGUCCUACUUUUGCAGAGUUAAUAGUGACUCUCACAGAUCUAACAGAGAUGAGAUAA